AUGGGCUCGAUCAAUGGCCGUAGCGAGUGCUCCUGUUGGGUAACACUGCUCACUAGACCUUCAUACCUCCCUGGAGUCAUCAUCCUUGCUCAUACACUGAACAAAUACGAAUCCAGCCACCCUCUGAUCGUGCAGUACACCUCGUCACUUGGUGAUGAAGCUAUCGCUGCGCUUGAGGCUGAAGGUCUGGCUUCUCGACGCAUUGUGCCUCAGAAGGUCGAGCUUUUGCUGCCCCCCAAAGGUAAUGAGAAUACUGCUAGUGUUGCCGAGCGCUUCAAAGACACCUUCACCAAGCUUCGUGCUUUUGAGGUGUAUCGCCAGGGUUUUACCCGCGCAGUCUUUCUGGAUGCCGAUACCGCAAUCUUCAAGCAUCCGGAUUCUAUCUUCGACACUCAGCUGCCUGGCAGAGACUGGCUGGGUGCUAACCAUGCAUGUGUUUGCAAUCUCGACCACGACGACUGGGCCCCACCGGAGUGGCACAAAGGCAACUGUGCGUAUACGCCCUUGGACCAUCCCAAGGAUGUUGCACCUUAUAUGGGAGGUGGAUGCCGCCCAACCUACCGAUUGCUGAAUGGAGGCAUGUUGUUGUUCUAUCCCAGCGAAGAGCUUUGGCUAGGCAUGCUCGAAGUCUUCAAUACCUCCGAUCGGGUCAAGACGUACCAAUUUCCUGAUCAAGACUUCCUGGCCGACUUCUUUCGGGACAAGUGGCUACCUAUGUCAUGGGCCUAUAACGCGUUGAAAACCAUGCGUUAUUGGCAUCCUCACAUGUGGUCUGACAAGGAGUUGGUAGUUCUCCAUUACAUUGUCGACAAGCCGUGGGAACGCCCGGUCAGCAACGCUGGUGUGGCUGGCCAUCUUGGCCGUGACGGCAUCACACACGAAUGGUGGUGGGAAGCUUACACCGAAUGGCGUAUCUGCAGAGAGGGCACUGAGGGCAACCGGCUUGUUCUUGCGUUGAUGGACAAUCUGGUGGGCAAAGAAGAGCCCUUCACCGAGGUCGUUCCCCUUCCACAAAAGCCUGGGGUGCCUGAAGACGUUGUCCCUUAUGCCUGA